CACCUUAGUCGUCGUUGUGCAGAGGAACCCGGUUGGAACAAAACAAGAGCAAAGAUGUGCGACGAAGAGAUUGCUGCGUUGGUCGUCGACAAUGGUUCCGGAAUGUGCAAGGCCGGAUUUGCCGGCGAUGAUGCUCCGCGUGCUGUGUUUCCCUCGAUUGUCGGACGCGCCCGCCACCAAGGUGUGAUGGUUGGAAUGGGACAGAAGGACUCCUACGUCGGUGAUGAAGCACAAAGCAAACGAGGAAUCCUAACCUUGAAGUAUCCGAUCGAGCAUGGAAUUGUAUCCAAUUGGGACGAUAUGGAGAAGAUCUGGCAUCACACCUUCUACAACGAACUGCGCGUGGCUCCAGAAGAGCACCCUGUUCUGCUGACCGAGGCUCCACUGAACCCGAAAGCCAAUCGCGAAAAGAUGACUCAGAUUAUGUUCGAAACGUUCAACUGUCCGGCUAUGUACGUCGCCAUUCAGGCCGUACUGAGCUUGUAUGCUUCUGGGCGAACUACGGGAAUUGUGAUGGACUCCGGAGAUGGUGUCUCCCACACGGUUCCAAUCUAUGAAGGAUACGCUCUGCCACAUGCCAUCCUCCGUCUGGAUCUGGCUGGUCGUGACCUAACCGAUUACCUGAUGACUAUUCUCACCGAACGAGGCUAUACUUUCACAACAACGGCCGAGCGGGAAAUCGUACGUGACAUCAAGGAAAAACUGUGUUACGUUGCAUUGGACUUCGAGCAAGAGAUGGCCACUGCAUCCACCUCGACCGCUUUGGAAAAAUCCUACGAACUCCCUGACGGACAAAUCAUUACCAUCGGAAACGAACGAUUCCGCUGCCCCGAAACUCUUUUCCAGCCAUCCUUCAUCGGCAUGGAAUCCGUUGGAGUGCACGAAACCGUGUUCAAUUCGAUCAAGAAGUGUGACGUCGACAUCCGCAAGGAUCUGUUUGCCAACACCGUCCUGUCCGGAGGAUCCACCAUGUUCGCCGGCAUCGCCGAUCGUAUGCAGCGUGAACUGACCACCCUUGCACCAAGCUCGAUCAAGGUCAAAAUAAUUGCCCCACCAGAGCGCAAAUACUCCGUCUGGAUCGGUGGUUCCAUCCUGGCCUCGCUGUCCACCUUCCAGCAGAUGUGGAUCUCGAAACAAGAGUACGACGAGGCUGGUCCCGGAAUCGUUCAUCGCAAGUGCUUCUAAAUGUGAUUACGAAAUCAGCAGAUUACUACUCCAUGUGAUUGUUUGUUAUCGAAAUAAAACGAGUAUAAAAUAUAAA